AUGCUUCGUUCCAGCUCAAUGCGGUACGCUUUGUGUAUUCUCAAACAGCAUCAAAGGUGUACGUCUUCUAUACCAACUCCAGCUUUGAACUCUGAUAAGAUACCUGAAGAAAUUUCUUGUGAUACUCAGAAAAAAACUGAAGACGGUAUUGCAAAAGAAACAAUUAAAGAUUCUACCACCCAUAGAUCAAGUCUUGUUAAGAAAGCAUUUUCCAAUUUGAAGCACAACCUACAACCCCUAGGAAGCAGGACUAACAUUGAUGAAAUAAUUAAAGAAGCUAAGACUCCUGAGGAGUUACUUAAACUUAUAGAAAAGAACUACCUUACUAAAGGGGAAGCCUUGAAGAUUGUUUCUACCCUUACUGAGUGGUCUUUGAAAGGACGAGUAGAUUCUAGUUUCGAAUCAGACCCUCGAUUCAAUUCCCUAUGUAAGUUACUUGGGAGGAACCCCAAUAACACAGUACAUUCAAAAACUGCUGUUCAGAAUGAGGAUUUGUCAUUUGUUUUGAGAGUCACAGGAGAGGACGAAGCUGCCAAAAUUAUUGAUGGCCUUGGUCUUCCUCAAAUGAUUAAGGUUCUAUCAUCACUAUCAGCCAAAAAAAGACGCUCUUUACCUCUAUUAAGGUCACUUGCAUUUCAUAUUGGACGAAUUCCUUCAAAAUUAGAUGUUAAGCAGUCUGCAGAUAUCUUGUAUGCUCUGUCCACACUUAAUUUCCCAGAUGAGGUGCUUUUAGAGAAAGUAUGUCAUGAUUUAGUUGAAAGUAUACCAGUAUGUCAGAAAUCAGCUGUAUUUGGAUCAAUAUGUACCAGUUUAGGCUUGUUAAAGUAUAAAGAUUCAGAAUUACUUGAAGUGCUGUGUGACUGGGCGCUGACGAAAAAAGAACUUUGUAGGUGUCAAGACUUUGUCUCACUGCUUUUAUGUCUAUCCAGUGUGAGGCAUAUUCCAAACCAGGAACUUCUAACGAUUCUGUCUCAGAUAAAGGAAGGUGACUUACCAUCUGCAUCAACAUGGUUAGAUGUUGUGUGGUCUCUUGCAGCCUUAAAUGUUGUAACAGAAGCUCAACUCUCUUCUGUUCUCAACUCUAAAUUUGUUGACAGAUUAACUUCAUCUGCCUCUGGCUUAUCUUGGAAAAGGAAGUUGUUGAACCUGAAUGGAGUUGCCAAAUGGACUAAAGGUUACAAAGGUUCUCUAAUCAAUGAGGACUCUAACUUAGAAGCUACAGUGCCCAGAUCCAAAGAUAGGCAGCAACUGGCAGUCUCCAUUCUUGAUACACUUUCAAACCUAUUUCCUUCUUCCAACUACUUUAAAUCAUGUGUUGAUACUGGAAUGGGUUUUUUGAUUGAUGCCGAGUGUAUAAUAGAUUCAAAAAUGAAUCCAUUGCCCCUUAUAGAUAAGAAGACUGGUCAACCCAUCGAAGAAAAUAAAGCUUCAAAAAAGAAUAGAAUCGCUAUCUUCAUUCACGAAUAUCAUGAUUGCACCCGAGGACGUGUUGAACUGGCUGGUCCUGCUUACUUGAAUACCCAUCUGGCAAGCCUUAUUGGGUAUAAGGUAGUAAAUAUAUUAUACACAGACUAUAAUGUUCGAGCGAAAUUGAUCCAGAGGGUGCAGUAUAUGGAAGGUUUACUCAAGUCUGCUGUCACUGAAUCUGCCUAG